UCAGCAGCUCCACAAAGAGAAGAAGACAAACCAUCCGUCAGGUCUCCUCCGUUUGUUCUGAGCGAAGCUCCGUGUGGUCCAACCGGCCGUUUGCCAGGUCGACUUAUCGACUUAUUCGGCAAAUUCAGGAGCUUGGUUUUCUGCAGAGAGACAUUCUCCCAGCUGUUGUCUUGAGUUUCCUUGAACCAGGUGUGACCCUUGACCCACGGUCCAGGCUUCAUAAAGAUGACACUGAGUGAGGAGGUGACAGAACGAAACAAAAUGUCCAGAUGACGCAGUCCAAAUAUGCGGACGUAGCAGACUGAAUGUUUGAUUGACCGCUCAAAAUCAACAACAACACCCCCCCCCCCCGCCCCCUCCUGCUGCCCCCCGCUCGUCAUCCAUCCAGCCAUGUUGUUGAGGAGGAAGCUGUGCGCGGCCGUUGUCAUCGCUGCCGUCCUCUUCCUAAUGCUCGCCAGUCAGAGCAUUCAGAGGGGACACUUCCUGACUCUGUCACUAGCCCCGCCCACCAGCCGGGCCACGCCCACCGGCAGGGAGACAGAUGAACCCAUGAGGCCUCCUGCUGAUCCAACCCCUGACCCUCCCAAGACACCCCCCCCUCCUCCCCGUACCACUAAACCUGAAGCCGAGGUGAUCCCUGAAGAGAACUCCCAGCAUGACCUUCGGUCGUGCGGUUGUACCGAGUCCUGUAUUUCGGACCUGGGGAGUUCAGACUGGUUCCGUCAACGCUACGACCCCCAACAGCAGCCCAUCCUGCGAGGAGCCAAACACAACUUCGACUCUAAGGCACUCGGCUGGUGGCUGAGUCUUCAGCGGUCUGGCAACGACCAGUCUCUCAGGGAAGUGAUGUCAGAGAUGUUCAAGGUUAUUUCCCCUCCCACGGUCGACUUCACGCCCCUCCGCUCCACCUGCCGUAGUUGCGCGGUGGUCGGCAACUCUGGCAACCUGCGACGGUCGGGAAACGGCAACCUGAUCGACUCCCAUAAUUCUGUGAUCCGGAUGAACAAGGCGGUGACUCAAGGAUUUGAGAAAGAUGUCGGGAAUCGGACGACGCAUCACUUCCUGUACCCGGAGAGCGCGGUGGACGUGGCUCGCGGCGUCAGCCUCGUCCUCCUCCCGUUUAAAAUCAGAGACCUGGAGUGGCUGACCAGCGCUCUGUCCACAGGACAAGUUAAGAUGACCUACAUGAGGGUUAAAGACCGAGUGGCGGCGGAUAAGGACAAGGUUCUGGUGGUGAACCCGGUGUUCUUCAAGUAUGCUCACGAUCGAUGGAAUGAGAGUCACGGACGCUACCCGUCCACCGGCAUGCUGGCCAUCAUCUUCGCUCUGCACACCUGUGACCAGGUGUCUGUGUUUGGGUAUGGCGCCGACCAGCAGGGCAACUGGCAUCACUAUUGGGAGGAGAACCGCAAUGCCGGAGCCUUCAGGAAGACCGGAGUCCACAGCGCCGACUUUGAAACGGAGAUCAUCCACCAGCUCGCCAAGGAGGGCAAAAUCAGUCUGCACAUGUGACCACUGACCUGCACACCUGGUAUUGACCAAUCUGCUACACCUCUCACAGGCCGACAGCGCUGAUGACGUACUGAAGGACCGACCCACAUAUGGACUCAGUGACUGAAGCACAGACCCACAUAUAGACUCACAGACUGAAGGACCGACCCACAUAUAGACUCACAGACUGAAGGACCGACCCACAUAUGGACUCACAGACUGAAGCACAGACCCACAUAUAGACUCACAGACUGAAGGACAGACCCACAUAUAGACUCACAGACUGAAGCACAGACCCACAUAUAGACUCACAGACUGAAGCACAGACCCACAUAUAGACUCACAGACUGAAGCACAGACCCACAUAUAGACUCACAGACUGAAGGACCGACCCACAUAUGGACUCACAGACUGAAGCACAGACCCACAUAUAGACUCACAGACUGAAGCACAGACCCACAUAUAGACUCACAGACUGAAGGACCGACCCACAUAUGGACUCACAGACUGAAGGACCGACCCACAUAUGGACUCACAGACUGAAGCACAGACCCACAUAUAGACUCACAGACUGAAGGACAGACCCACAUAUAGACUCACAGACUGAAGGACCGACCCACAUAUAGACUCACAGACUGAAGGACCGACCCACAUAUGGACUCACAGACUGAAGCACAGACCCACAUAUAGACUCACAGACUGAAGCACAGACCCACAUAUAGACUCACAGACUAAAAGCACAGACCCACAUAUAGACUCAUAGACUAAAAGCACAGACCCACAUAUAGACUCAUAGACUGAAGGACCGACCCACAUAUAGACUCACAGACUGAAGCACAGACCCACAUAUAGACUCACAGACUAAAAGCACAGACCCACAUAUAGACUCACAGACUAAAAGCACAGACCCACAUAUAGACUCAUAGACUGAAGGACCGACCCACAUAUAGACUCACAGACUGAAGGGCCGACCCACAUAUAGACUCACAGACUGAAGGACAGACCCACAUAUAGACUCACAGACUGAAGGACCGACCCACAUAUGGACUCACAGACUGAAGCACAGACCCACAUAUAGACUCACAGACUGAAGCACAGACCCACAUAUAGACUCACAGACUGAAGGACCGACCCACAUAUGGACUCACAGACUGAAGGACAGACCCACAUAUAGACUCACAGACUGAAGCACAGACCCACAUAUAGACUCACAGACCUCCUGAUCCACAGACUGAAGGACCAAUCUUCUUACCAACGAGUGUAUCAUUCUACACUCAAUUCUGGUAACCACAAACAAGCUCCGUCUCAUCUGGUGUCGGCAGUUGUUGUCCAAAUUUGAGCCGACCGACCUGACAUCUGCCUUAAGUCAUAAAUCUGGGCAUAUUGGACUGAGACUGUUGUAGGGGAGACCAUUUUGAGAUACCUGGAAUACCUGUGGACGGGUCCUUUUUUGGGGUGGGAGGAGCAUCGCCACAGUGGGCAAACUGUGCAGACUCCUGCUGGUUCAAAUGAGUUUCCGCUCAAGUUGAACAUGCAGACUGUUUUCUUCAGGACCCUCCACUAUUUGAGCAGACGGACUGUUUACUACUGCAAGGAUCGACCACAGCAUUUUUUUGCUCAAAGCGGGAAACAACCACAGACUUUUUAUAUGUUUUAUAAUGAAUUUUUAAACAGUAUAAAUGUACAACCUCCUUUCUUUUGUACUAUGAAAGCACUUUCCCCUGAAGAAGAAAUGGCACAAAGGGGCCAUUUUGUUGCUUCUCUUGUCCAACCACGUUACAAGACCUUUUAUAUGUUAUAUUGUUUAUAAUCCAUCCAUUUAUUCUAACCAAGCCUCAACACAACCCGUCCUGAUUUGGAGGAUUGUCUUUGCCCUGACGGAUCAGAACUGGUUAAGCGACGGCGUCCUAUAGUUUUCCAUUUCGUCCAAAUUCUGUCUCGACCGUUGAAUGUUGUCCAACAGGAUUCAACAGUCAGGUUUUCAGCUCAAUGUCCUGAUUACAAUGGGAAGUAGUCAUGUAGCUGCUGAUGAGCCACAGCUGAUGGAGAAGACUUUUAACUAAAUAUUUGUUUAACUAAAUCUAACAAGGUCAAAAAAUCGUAUACCACCUGUGCGUUGUGUGUGUGUGUGUCUGUGUGUGUGUGUGGAUGAGUGGGAAAAGUACUGCAAUGUAAGUUCAACCAAAAAGAACAACCAUAUGAAUGGAGUGAGUCAUCAGGGCUGUCAGUACUGUGAAUGUACAAAAACUGUUGCUGGUUGUCAUGGUGAUCCGAAUGUUUGUGGCUUGGUUCACACUUUUGUUGUUUCAUCAAGUUUUCUCACUGAUAAAGUUUGACUCUGAUUCUGCAUUCUGUUUUCCAUCUUCAACCACCUAGAAUACUAUAUAUAUAUAUAUAUAGAUCUAUAUAUAGAUGUACACACACACAUACACUAUCACGUAAAUAACACAAUUGCUAUUCUACACGUACCAUCAUGGUCGGUGGUUAAAUUUCCAUAUGACGAAGGAGGUAUUGAAGCGGUAAUUAGUGAAGCCGCCCAUCUUUACCCCAAUUCUUUUUUCAUGCAAUAUGUCAGGUUUCUUAUAAAUGUCACUUUUUUGAUUUUGAUUUUCUAGAGGUGAAUUUUGUUUUCUAAAUCAACACAGAUGUAUUAGGGGCGAAGUCUAAUCUAUUUCAGUCUAUAGCUCCUGAUUUAGCAGAAGUCCUUUUCUUUGACCCGUGGGAGCAGCGUCUUGUUCAUCAGUGAAGUGUUUAAUGAAUCUAGAAUCUCACUGAGAAUUGGGUUUCAAGUUUACAACUUGAACUACAUUCCCAUAAGGUAGAAGAGGAGUUUAUAGAGAGACAGGCGCUAUGACAGAGUGAGCCGGACCAAAGGUCAAAUCUAUCAUAAAUAUUCAGACAGCAGAGAACUUUUUCUUCUUGCAAAACACUUUAUUGGGUUUCUGUUACAUGGUUUAGUAGCAAGUACAACUUGGUAAAAUGGCCUUUUCACCUCGGCCGUCUUUGACUCUUGUCUCUACUUCUCCUGCUAAAAAUGCCACAAAUGCAGUCAAGGUUUUCAGUGGGAUUAAUAAUUGUGAUGUAAACUGACCAGAUUACCACUUUACGGUCAAAUCAGGUCGAUAUAAGCCAAAUUCCGCCGAUUUGCUUGCGGCUUCAGAUCAACUUUCCGGUGUGAACUGGCACCGUAAAGAUCUGGGUCUGCUUCAAACUCACUUGUUGGUGCAGGGCCCCACGAGGCCGUCAGCACACACUCCUCCCGGCCGCAUCCCAACGCUCCCCCGAGCCCCGUCAGUCUAAUCCGUCUCCAUGGCGACGGAGAUGAUGGGACGUCUGUAGACGACCCAACAAGCACUUUGAAGCCUGUGUCCUGAAGCUGCAGUAUCAUCUGGAGGAGGACGCUCCGAGUCAACGGAAUCUUAAACAUCUGCUGCUUGUUUUUACAUCUGUUUGGGGGGGCUGAAGCCCUCGUUGGCUUCUCCUGGGAAACAACAACAAGACCCGUAAACUGGCAAAUGUGAAGAGGGUUAAGCCCUUAAACAACAAAUCAGCAGCCUAGAUUCCUGAUGUGGACGUAACAUCUGGACGGAAGGUUUUAGAAUUUGCGAAUAAAUCUAGUUAUGAGUAUAAAUCCAAAGUUGUGCUUGUUAGAUUCCCUGCGUUCUGGACAUUUUUAGUUGAUUACCAUUAGGGAUGCAGAAAGUUGCAGAUUAAAUGAUAUCAAGCGAUGAUGAAGUGUUAUUACAGCUUUAAUUCAGCUCAUCAUGUUUAAGCUGUGAUAGUUGAUUUUUCUCUUAAGCACCCUGUGGACCUUUGAUUGAUUCCUUUGUUCAUUGUGACCACAAACUAGACACUUUGAACUAAAUAAAUAAAAAAACAAUUUGAUAUAAUUAUGGUGUGUGUAAUUUUUUAAAUAAAAAAUGUUGAAACAAUGAAACCGAGAUGAGAAAAGUUCUGCUGAGAACUUUUGAUGUUUAUAAAAGUAAAAAGUUCCUCACAAUAAAACAUUCAGCUCAGUUUGACGUGGUAUUUCAUCAUAGAUGCCAAAUUUUCUUUUAUUAUUACCACAAAUCAAUUUAUUUUUA